CAACCAAAGAACGAGAAAGUCCUCUUCGUGAACGUCACUCUCCUUAUAAGACGCGGAUGCGUAAGCGUCUAUCGAUACACUUCUUUAGCUUGUCAUGGCGGAGGAGCACGGACAGGCCAACGCCCGCCAAGAGCAGCCCGGUGGAGCAAACGCAGCGCCGAAGAAGAUGACGUGGCCCGAGCUCGUGGGAUCGACGGCGGAGGGAGCUGAGAGGAAAAUCAAAGAGGAGAUCGGAGAUGCGAUUCGAGUCCAGGUCAUUCCACCCAACACCUUCGUCACCAUGGAUUUCAACCAGCAACGGGUCAGGUUGUACGUCGAUUCCUCUGGGAACGUCGCCCGGACCCCCCGAAUAGGCUAACUCAAUCGAGCAUUUUUAGUUUUCCCUUCCGAUUAUGUCAUGUUAAGUUUGAGUUAAGUGUGCUUUUCUUUGCUCUUUUUCCCGUUAAUGUCGCGAUGGGAUUGAUUUAAGGAAGGUCGUCCGUUCCGUUCUUGAGUUA